AUGGCUGAUGAACCAGAUGACUUUAAGCCUGCUCUUAAAACUGUUUCUGCAUCCAUAAACACUACAAUGGCUAUUUCUGAGGAUGGUGAUCUAUAUGUUUGGGGUAAAACCUAUCUCAAAAAUAAAAAUGUUAAGCAUCUUCCUACAAAACUAGGAUUGCCCAAUCAAUAUUUAUUUUAUAGAGUUGUUCAUGUUUCAUAAGGUUUAAAUCAUGGUGCUGCUAUAUUAUAAUCAUGUUUAGAUAAGGAAUGUGAAGGUGUAAUUCCAAAUCAGAAAGGUCAAGUACAAACAAUAUUAGGAAUGGUUUCAGAUUAAGCUAAAAAGUUAAAAGAAAAUGCAGAAUAACAAUAACAAAGUGAAUAUUUUUUAUAGUAAUGGGAUUAACCUUUUAAAGAAUUUUUUAAAUAGAAAAAUUGCAAAACAAUCUUAUCCUUAUCAGAGUUUAGAUAAUUUUAUAGAUAGGACAAACAUUUAAAAAAUAUAAGUUAUUAAAAUAUAUCAGAAGUUAAGACUAUAUUAGGUACAGGAGAUGAGGCAAAUAAAGAUGAGCCAAAUGCCUUUGAGAAGUUUUUCAUGAUGGAAAAAGCCAAAGAUGGAAAACCUGAAAUAAAUAUUUGUUACUAUUAUCAAUAAUUGACUUAGGAGAGUAGACCUGAAUAUAUUGCAAUAGUAUGGGGAAAUCCAACAAAUGGUAGAUUGGGAGCACCAAAAUCGAAAUUUCCAAAUGAAUCUGAUAAAACAACGAUUUUUAAUAAUAAUAAUGCAUCUUAAAUGGAUUUUGCUAGUCGUUAAAUGGCUAGUCGUUAAAUGCAAUAACCAUCAAGAACAUAAUAAGUGCAAAAUUCAUAAUUUAAUUUAAAUUAAGCCGAACCAAAUAGUUCUGAUUUUAUUUAGCCAAUAGCACUUAAAUAAGAGUUUUUAAAAAUAGUUUGUGGACACCAUCAUACUAUGGCACUCACAGAGGAAGGAGCAUUAUUUAUAUGGGGAAUGGGAAGUUAAGGAUGUUUAGGAAAUGGGAGAGUGGAUGAUUUAGAAAUACCAACAUAAAUUGAUAUAUUUGGAUUGUAUUUUAAUGAAAUAGCUGCAGGAGCAUAUCAUUCUUUAGCAUUAGCUAAGAAUAAUUAAGUAUAUGGAUGGGGUGUUAAUAAUAGAGGUUAAUUAGGUAUAGGAAAUAAAGAAAAUUAAUUAUUACCUAAAUAAUUAACAUUUUUUGAUAGAAAGAAAGUGUAAUGUCAGUAUCUUUUUUGUGGAGAUCAACACUCUGCUUGUAUUACUACAAACAAAGAACUUUAUACUUGGGGAAAUGGAGAUUAUUAUCGUUUAGGUCAUGGAAUGUUAUUGGAUGAGAUGGAACCUAAAAAAAUAGAAAUACUUUAGGAUGUUUAUGUCUUAGAUGUUGCUUUGGGUACUAUUCAUUCCUUAUGUAUAACAAAUGAAGGAUUUGUUUAUGCUUGGGGUAGUAGUAAAGAUUCAGUGUUGGGAAUGCCAACUUAAUUAUAUAAAGAUUAGACUUUACCAUAAAGAGUUGGUUUAAUGAGUUAAAGUUUUAGAGAUGCCUCUUUUUAUUAAGUAGCAGCAGGCACAAGUCAUUCUUUAGCAUUAUCAGAGAAUGGACAUUUAUAUGUUUGGGGGUCAAAUAAAAAUAGUUUAUUAGGUGUUAGAUUGUAAGGAUAAGAAUAAACACAUGUUCCAUAAAAAGUUGAAUAAUCUGAAGAUCUUGAAAAAUCUUGUAUUGAGAAAGCAUUAUUUUUUAAUUUAAAAAAGGAAGAAUUACAAAUGAUGAAGGAUGAAAAAUUAAUUACAUUUGAAUAAACUACAUUGAUGAAGAUUGCCUUAUAACCAAAUGAAGGAUAAAAUCAUGAAUGCAAAUAUAAAUUUGCUACUUUAGGAACUAAAAAUACAUAUUUUAUUGAUAAUACUGGUCAUUUAUAUGCCUGUGGAUCUAAUUAAAAAGGAAUGUUAUGUAAAAAUCCUCAUAAAAAACAGAAAUUCAAAUAAUUUAUACCUUUGAAGGAUCCUCCUGAUAUUCUAUUUGAAUAAACUUUCACACCAAUAGAGAUUGUUUAUUUUCGAAACACGAUUAUCAGAUAUAUUAGUUGCUAAUAUCAGCAUUGUAUAGCUGUAACUGCCAAAGGAAACGCAUAUUGUUGGGGAUCAAAUUAAUAUAAUUAAUUAGGUUUGGGAUUUUAAAGUGAUCAUGUAUUUACACCUAUAUUAUUGGAAGGAGCUAUAGAAUAAAAAGUUAUUGUUAUGGCUAUUACUGGAGAAAAGUUUUCUGCACUUUUAACAGAUUAAGGAGAAGUUUGGAGUUUUGGAACUUCAGAAUUUGGAGUUUUGGGUCAUGAACUUAAAAAUUUUUAUGUUAUUAUGGAACCUAGAAUGAUUAAUGAUAUUCCAUCAAUGAUUAGUUUGGCUUGUAGUAAUUAAACUAUGUUUGCAAUGGAUUAGAGAUAAUAAUUAUGGGCUUGGGGGAAUAAUUAAUUUGGAUAAUUAGGAAUAUCAUUAUCAAGGGAUGAGGAAGAGGUUAAUUUAUAAUCAAAUAAGCAAGUAAGUAGUGAAUUUUUAGAAUGGAAAGCUCAAUUAAAAUCAUUGAAGAAUCCUGAAAGAUAUAUAGUUUAUUAGCCUGAUAAACCAACGACCAGAUCAAUUACAGGAGAAGCAUUUAUUGAUUAGAUAUCAUGUGGUUUAUAUCAUACUUGUAUUAUAACUACAAAUUAAGAAUUAUUAACUUGUGGCUUAGCUAAAUAUGCAGGUCAUCAAAGUUCAGAACCUGAAGAUCCCGAUUAAUAAUAAGCAUAAUAAGCUUAAUUUAUAGAUGCAUUUUCAUCUACACUUGAACAUUCAAGUAAAAAAUUUAAAUUGGUUGCAUGUCAUGAAUAUCAUACAGUAGCUGUAACAGUUUCAAAUGAUCUAGUAUUUUUAGGACCUGAAGGAAAAGACAGAGGACUUCAUGAAAAAUUUGCGAAUCUAUUUAAAGAUGGUAAAUAAAUGCCUCCAGAAUUAUAAAAUAUUAAAUAUGUAGCAUGUGGUCCUAAUCAUGCUUUACUCUUAAAUGAUUAAGGAUAAACUUAUACUUGGGGUGCUACUAUGGGUGGUAGAUUAGGAUUGCAUAUAAAUGAAGUUGGAGUUUUAGAUGGAUAAGAAAAAUUAACCAUUCCUUAUCCUACUAAAAUUGAAUGUGAAGUUUGCAAAGAUAAUAAAUUACAAGCAAAAAGUAAAGAUAAAGAUAAAGGUGCAUCAACAAGUAAAAAAAAAGAAAAAAAAAAAAAAAGUUCUAAGACUAAAAAAAAGAAUACAGGAAAUGAUUAAUAAUUAGAUGUAUCAAUUGAAGAUGAGGAAAUUCUAGAUGAAGAAAGCUUUCAUUCAGAAGAAGGUCCAGGAAUUAGAGUCUAAGAUCCAUUACAAAAAGGUUUAAGUAAAUAAUCAUAAGAUUGUGAAUAAGAAAAUUUAUAUUUAUAAGAUGCUGAAAUUGAGAAAAAAGUUUAAUUUAUCUUUAAGGAUUCUGCAAUUUAAGCCUAUGAAUUAUAAAAACUUUAUACUGAAAUUGUUUCUAAAUUAAGUUGGAGUAUUGAUUAUAGAGCUAGACAAUUAGCUGCUAAAAAUUUAAGUAGAUAAAUUACUAAUCUAAAAUUUUCAGUCCCAUAAUUUAUUGUUAAAAAUAUUCAAUUAUAUGAAUGCAUCUUUUCUUGUAUGUAUCAUCAUCCAUGCUAUAUGAUUAAAUUGAUUUAAGCUAAUCAAUUAAAUAAAUUUUAAUUAUUGAAAUUUAUUAAAGUAAUCUUUAAAAAUGAUCUCAUGGAAGCAUAAAAUUAAAGUAUCAUUCUUACACUUGCUAUCAAAUCUUUUGAAAUAGAAUUUAAUAAUGCUGCCAGUCAAUUAGAAUACAUAUCUGAGUUAAAAUUAUUUAAAAGCUCUUCAGUUUUUCUGUAGAUAUACUAUAUGUUUAUUUAAAAGGAUGAAGAAGCCUUCAAAUAUUUUGAUGAAAUUGCGAAUCUUCUUAUUAAAGGAUUUGCAUUCUCAAAAAUCUUAGAAGAAGUUCAUAAUUUUGAAAAAAAACCAGAAGAACCUGAUAAUGAUGAUCAUAAGCUUAAAAAUUUUUUUAAUUUUCAUCAAGAAAAUGCUAAUAAUAAAGAAAUAUAAGCUAAAUAUGAUGUAUUGACUGAAUUGAUUAUAUUUUAUAUAAAAUCAAUAGUAGAUAGAAAAGAGAAAUGCAGAAUUAAAGGAGAUGAAAUGAUAUCUUCUCAUAUCAAAUAUUUGCAUAAUCAGAUAGUUCAAAUAAUGAAAAAAAAAAUAUUGAAAGAGGAAUUAGUCAGAAUUACAGAUGUGGUUGAAGAGGAAUCAAAAGUUUAAUAGAAAUUAGAAAAAUUUUAAGUAAAAUUAGACGAAAAAAUUGGAUCAUUUCUUUUACAUCUUUAUUAUGGAUCAAUUACAGAAUUUAUUUUAAAAUUCUAGGAAUAGAUUUAAAGUAUGCCUGAAGAAAUCCGACCAUUUUUCCAAAAUGAUUAAAAUUUAAGAUAAAUUUCUUAAACAAUAGAUAGAUUUUUUUAAAAGGAUGCUAUGUUGCCAAAUAAAUACAAUUAAAAUUUAAAUAAAAUAAUUUUAAGUAGAAUGCUGCCAAAGAUAAAUUUACUCGGAAUUUAAGAGGUAGCAUAAGAUUUACAAGGUUAUGUUUAAUUCAGUGUUGAAAAUUUAAAUAUGAUUGAAUUAAUUUAAGAAUGCUUUGAAAUUAAAGAUCGUUAUAUGUAGGUUGAAAUUUAAGAUAUUUUAUUUUUAUAACAUUUUUAUUGUUCUUAAAUUUUAAAUAAUGGAUUAUAAGCUGUAUCAAAAUUUUUCGCAAGAGGUAUGAAAGAUCCCAUAUACAUUAUUUUUAGGCAUUUAGAAUUUAGAGAAAUUUAAGUGAAUAUGUUCAGUACAGAAAUUUUGAAAAGGAAAAUAAAUUUAAAGUUAAUGCCAACUCCCAUAAUGUAAUUAAUAAGAAAAUCAAACGAUAUAGGUCUAUAUAAAUGUGAGGAUUGCUCAAUUUUAUUAACAACUGAGUAUAUAACAGCAGAAAAGCUUAAAUCUCUCUAAAAUUUUUUUGCAAAUGGCUGGUCUUGUGCAGCUGGCCAUCAUAAUAAUAUAACUGUAUUAGAUUGUGAAUCUCCUGGAUGUAGUAAUUUCAUAACUGAUCAAGCAUUGAAAACUAUGAGAGUUCUUAAAUAUUAUUAUAGAGAAAAAGAUGAUAAUAUAGAUAUGUUAGUUGAAAUACUAAGUAGUAUUCCUACAAUUCCUAAAGGAAUUAACAUGUAUAUAUUUUUAAGAGAUUUACAAAAAACUAAUUGGGUUAAAAGAAAUUCAAGAUUGACUAUAAAAAUUGAGCAGUUUUUGUCAAAGAUUUUCCCUAGUGAAAUAACUGAUAAAUAUUCACAAUCUGAACAAGAAGAAAAUAAUAAAGCUCAAUAAUAAAUGACUGAAGAAUAAAAAGCCGAUUGGGCAGUAUAAGCAGCAGCAAAUAAAAUUUAAAGAGAGGAAGCUUUACAUAAAUAAUAUAAGAUUGUUUAUGAAAAAGCAAUAAUAUAGAUGAAUGAAAGGUCUUAACAUAGAGCUUUAUAAAUUACAUAUAAUGAUUUAAUUAGAUAAUUGGAGUUAACAAGAAGUGAAAUGAAAUCAGAUUUAAAUAAAGAAAUUAAAAUGAUUAAACAAUACUAAGACUUUAUUUAAUAAAAUAUAAGAGUAUAUGGUGAAGGAGAAGUUUAGUAACCAGAAAGAGCUAAAGGUUAAGCUUAUGGAUUUUAUACAUCUGCAAAUAUGUUCUAAGCUUAAGCCUUGGUUAAAUUGACAUUUUAAAAUAGAUAAAUUCCUAAAAUUUUGAAAAAUAUAAAAUUCUAUUUCUUUGGUUAACCUGAUGGUGGUUGGAAUAUUUAAUUAGUAUAUUUAUAAGAUUCGUUAUUGAAUUUAUUAGUAACUUGUAUUGAAGCUAUCUAUCCGAUAGAAUUAUCACUAUAUAAAAUUAGCAUACCAAUUGAUUAAUAUUUGGAAUUAAGAAGAAUGGCAAAAUAUAGAACUUAAAUCACUUUCAAAUCCAAAAAUAUAGAGAUUACUUUUAAUAUUGUAUAAUUAAUCAGUAUAUUUAACUCAUUAGAAGCAAGAUUAAUCAAAUGA